AUGCCUGACAGCAGCGACAUCCCCCUGACCCAGGUCAGGAGCGCCGCCUCGACCGGCGCACGAAAGCCCACCAUGAACGCCUCCAACGAGGAGUCCGGCUCCCCCACGAACGAGAAGCAUGGGCUCUUCCACCGCAACAAGGGCGGCCGCCGCAAGAAGCAUGGCGAGCUGGGCCGCCACGGAACCGGUGGCUCUGAUGAGGUCAAGGUCAACGCCAUGGGCAGGUUCUACAACAAGAUCACCGGCUUUUCUGUCGUCACCCGGUAUUUGGUAUACAUCAUCCCAAUCGGUAUUCUUCUCGCCGUACCAUUGAUCGUCCUUCCCAUUGUUGGUCACCGAGAGGAUAUCCUCGUGGGAGGAGAGAGGGGCAAGCCGCUUUUUGACCUGUUUCUGUGGAUCGAGAUCGCCUGGCUUACACUUUGGGCCGGCAAAUGCGUUGCUUGGAUCCUCCCGCACGCCUUCAUGUUCUUCUGCGGAGUCGUCAGUUCCGGUACGCGCAAGUAUGCCACCGUCCUCCAGAACUUGCAGAUCGCCCUCUCGCUGUUCUUCUGGGCUCUUGGAUCUUGGCAGUCUUUCCAGUCUCUGUUCAAGGCCGACGAUGGGGGCGACCCGGCUGCGUGGAUUACCACAAUGAUUCGCAUCCUAGGCGCCACCUUCACCUCCUCGGCUGUCUACCUCGGCGAGAAGGCCAUUGUCCAGCUCAUCGGUAUCUCUUACCACCAACGUUCUUUCGCCCUCCGCAUCAAAGAAUCCAAGCGUGAGGUCCGCCUUCUCGGUCUGCUCUACGACGCCUCACGCACCCUGUUCCCUAUGUACUGCCCCGAGUUCGAGGACGAGGACUAUGUCAUCAACGAUAGUCUCGAUUUGUAUCUGGCCAAGGCCGCAAAGGGCGCCAAGGGCGGAGCUGGCUCUGCCACUCCCCUCCGACUCGUCGGCGAUAUUGGCCGCAUGGGAGACAAGAUCACGGGUGUCUUCGGUAACAUUGCCUCCGAAAUCACUGGAAAGCAGGUCUUCAACCCCAACUCGGCCCACUCCAUCGUCGUUGAAGCUCUCGAGAAGACCAAGCCCUCCGAAGCUCUCGCCCGCCGCAUCUGGAUGUCUUUUGUCGUCGAAGGAAAGGACUCGCUGUACCCCGAAGACUUCCAGGAAGUGCUGGGACCCGCCUACUCCGAAGAGGCCGAGGAGGCCUUCGGUAUAAUCGACAACGACAUGAACGGCGACAUCAGCUUGGAGGAGAUGACGCGCAAGGUUGUGGAGAUCGGCAAGGAACGCAAGGCUAUCACCGAAGGCAUGAAGGACAUUGGUCAAGCACUCCGCGUGUUUGAUAAGGUUCUGAUGUUCGUUGUUCUCCUGAUCGUUGUCUUAAUCUUCCUGGCCUGGUUCCAGUCGAGCUUCUUGACCACUGUCGCUACCGCUGGAACUGCUCUCCUGUCUCUCUCUUUCGUCUUCGCCGUUACUACACAGGAGUUCCUCGGUUCCUGCAUCUUCCUUUUUGUCAAGCAUCCUUAUGACGUCGGUGACAGAGUCGAUAUUGUUGGUUCCGAGAAGCAGCAACUCAUCGUGGACAAGAUUUCUCUCCUGUACACUGUCUUCACCCGCAUCGACAAGAUGCAGGUGGUGCAGGUUCCUAACAUCACUCUCAACAACCUCUGGAUCGAGAACGUCACUCGCAGCAAGGCCAUGAAGGAGGUUAUUGACCUGAACGUCUCUUACGACACAAGCUUUGAGGAUCUCGAGCUGCUGCGUGUUGAGUUGGAGAACUUCGUCCGCAACUCCGACAACUCUCGCGACUUCAUGCCGGAUAUCGCCAUUGGCGUCGCCGGUGUCGGCGACUUGGAUAAAAUGCAGCUUAAGAUCGCCAUCAAGCACAAGUCCAACUGGCACAACGACGCCGUCCGCGCAACUCGCCGCUCCAAGUUCAUGUGCGCCCUGGCUAUGGCUCUCAAGAAGGUCCCCAUCUAUGCUCCUGGAGGUGGUGCCGAAGCUCUCGGCGCCCCUGGCAACCCAGCCUACUCCGUGGCCGUUUCUGACCAGUUUGCCGCGGCUGCCCGUGACAAGGCCGCCAAGGACAAGGAGGCGAAGCGCUUGGUGCCCUCGCCCGCCGCCGAAGGUACCAGCACGAAACCGGAUUCCAACACCGAGAAGCAGGCCGCGCAGGAACUAAACCUCCGCGACCCGCUGGCUGAGGAGGAGUGGGGCUACCGGGUGGCCGACGAGCAGACUCUGUCUGGAUCUAGAGACCGGGAGGAUCGCCGCCGGUCCAACGACCUCGACCGCGUCCGCAGCCAGCUGAUGAAGCGAGCCAGCACCAAGGGCGGCGGCGGUCGUCGCAAGCCCGGUGAAAGCAUCCCCUUGUCUCCCGUCGGCGACGCCUCCGGCGUGAACCUGAUGCAGACCACAUCACGGAACCGCGUCUAUGACGAGGAGGCCGAGACCGGCGUGCCAGACUCGUAUAGCUCUGCCUACUAUGGCAGCCAAUCCACAAACUACCCCAACUACGGACAGUCGCUGUCUCCUAGCAUCUCUCCGCCCCCACUGGCCUCCGGCCUCUCCCCCCACCCCCUUCAGAGCGCGCCGUCAGGCCAGCGCGCACGAGGACGCAGCAUCUCCAACAGCCAGCAGCAGAAUGAGGCUGCUCAGAGUGGCCAGAAGAAGCAGUAA